AUGGCCAACCACCAAGAGACACUCGUUAAAACCCCAACCCAAAAGCCAGCCACAGCACCACGAGUUUCCAAAUACACCCUCCCCGUAGAAGAAGCCAACCGUCUCAAAGACGAAGAAAUUCAAAUCGAAACCUGCACUGUCGACGAUGUGCUCGCAAUCGCAGAGGGCCUAUACAUCUGCUUCCCUGACUCUUUCUGGGAUAAGAUGGAACCCCCCGCCCUCCGCGACGCCGACUUGGCAACGCGCGCAAAGCGUCUGGCCACGCGGCUGAGUGCGUCUUUCUAUCUGCCGGAGAUGAAGUAUAUUAAGGCGGUGUAUAAGCCUACGGGGCAGAUGGUUGGGGUCGCGGGGUGGAUGUUGCCUGAUGGGGAAGGCAUGCCCAUCCACAACGUCUGGAGACGCACUGCUACGAAAUUCUUUGGCUUCCAAGAGAUGAUGGGGUGGUCUGACGCCGAUAUCGAGGAGAUGUGGCGGGGCAUCGAUCUGGAGGCCUGGGAAAAACAGAUCGGCGGCAACGACAAGAUCCGCGCUGAAGUCCUAGGCGACGAACCCCAUUGGUUUCUCGCGCCAUUGAUGACGAUGCCGGAGUUUCAAGGGAGGGGUGUAGCGACGAAGUUGAUGAACUGGGCGAUUGAGCAGGCGGAUCAGAAGGGUGGUCAGCCGAUGUAUUUGGAGAGUGCACCUACGGCGAGGAAUGUGUAUAUGAGGUUUGGAUUUGAGCCCAUUGGGGAUGCGAACUUCUUGAGGAGAGGACCGGAUGGGAAGAAAGGGAAAUUAUGGAGAGAGGUGGUAGCUCAAGAGGAAGGGGAGAAAGGAUGUGUGGAUAUUGUGGAGAAGGAGGUCGAGGAUGGGGGGAGUGAGUUAAAAUGA